AUUUUUUAUUAUUUUAUUUUUUUCAUAUAAAUACUUGACUCAACUGUUUCUAACGAACAGUUAAAUAUUUUCUUUUGAAUUUUUAAGACAAUUUUAAUUCAGUAUUAAAAAUGAAACACAUUGCAUUUGCGAUAAUAGCUACAAUUAUUGUUGCUACAACUGCAACAGAAACCGAAUUAGAAGCUCAAGAGAGUAUGAUGCAUCCAUCACAAGCUAUGGCUGCAUCACAAGGUUUAUUACAAAAACUUAAACCACCAUCACCAUCUCAACAACCACAACAACAACAACAACAAAGUAUGUAUAAACCACAACAACAACAAAACCAAGAACAACAACAGCAACCACCUAGCUCAUAUAAACCACAACAACAACAAUAUCAAGAACCAAAUGAUCAGCCAUCAAAAACAUAUAAGCCGCAAUCACAACAAGGAUAUCAAAAAAUGCAACCAAGACAACAAGAAGAACAAACACAAUCAUAUAAACAACAACCAGCCCAAGGUUAUCAAAAAAUGCAACCAAAACAACAAGUUGAACAAGUACAAGGUUAUCAAAAAUUAUAUCCGAAACAGCAAGUAGAACAGAAACAAAAUUAUCAAAUGCAACAAGAGUCAGAACAGCCACAAAAGCAACAACAAGAUAAAUCAUCAUACAGAGCACAAAAAGAAGAAAGUGUUAAAGAAGCUUUCUUAAGACUUUUAAGGAAAAUCGAAGAUAUGUCAGAAACAGAACAAGACGAAAAAGUUAGAAUGAAAAAAUGGAUUUUAAAUGAAAUGGAAGAUAUGUCAGAAAAUAAUGAACAACAGGAGAAUGUAAGAGAAAAAAAAUCAUACGGUAGUUCUGCUAAAUGUGGUAAAGUAGUUGUUACUGGAUGUGGUCCAAUUGUACAAAAAGCAAAAUGUAACAGUGGUCCAUACAAAAGAUCAACUCCUCAAUAUGAAUAUGUACAGCAUAUGCCAGUGGGAUGGGAUGAAUUCGAACAGGGUCAAUUUGAAGAAUAUUAUUAAAUUAUUAUUCUUUUCUUUUACAUUUUGAAACCUUUUGUAAUUGUGAUUGAAAAAGAAUAAAAAUAAAUUUUUUUUUCAAA